AUGGAGGCUAUGAAGCCCAAGUUGAAAGUGCUAAAAAAGCGUCGCUCCAGCCUUUUUGCGACCAUAAAACGGGAAAUGAGCUUUACGCAAAGCAUUGAGGAGCAGGAGGGUGAGUUUCCAUUUUCACAGGACAGCUCUGUGAAAGCAUGGACAUCUAUGGACAACCUUGACACACCUGAUGAGAAGAAAGGUGCAAGAAAAGAUCAGAAAAAACACCCACCAAACCCAAGGAAAUCAAACAUUGUCAAUCUCAACAUAGGCGGAAAGGUGUUUCACAUCCCGAAGCAUUUGGUCCUCAAACACCCAAAAACCAGGAUUGGAGUCCUUGCCCUUUGUGACGACCCAGUCAAGCGUCUGACGCUCUGUGACGAUUACAAUGUUCAUAAUGACGAAUUCUUUUUUGACAGGGACCCCAUGUUUUUCCACUACAUCUUCCACUUUUAUUGCAGUAAUGUCUUGUGGGUGAUGGACAGUCUCUGCCCUGUCAACUUUGAAGAGGAGAUGUCAUUCUGGGGAUUGAAACUGAAGGACACUCCAAGGUGCUGCCGCAUUCUGUUUGAGGAGAAAGUGGACGACAUCAGAGACCAGCUGAAGGUUAACCAGGAGUUGCUUGAUGAGAUUAAGCCUCACCAGGAUGACGAGGGAUACAAGAGCAUGUUUCUUGGAGACUUCCGUAAGAUCCUCUGGGACCUGAUGGAGAAUCCUUACUCCUCACUAGGAGCCAAAUCUUUUGCUGUGUUUUCCAGUCUCUUUGUGCUUAUCUCUAUCGUUGCCAUGACACUGAAUACAGUAAAAGAACUCAGGCAGUACAAACUUGCUGGCAAAACCUACAUGGAGUGGAUAGAGAUUUCCUCCAUCCUUUUCUUCACCUUAGAAUACUUUUUGCGGUUACUCACCACAUCCGACAUCAAACAUUUUGUGAAGAGUGCCCUCAACUUUGUUGAUGUGGUUGCUGUGAUGCCCUACUUUCUCCAGAUCAUUUUUGAGACAUUUGUUAUGGAUUCCGAAGACAUGGGUGCAAAGGAGGAUUUGAAGGCCAUGGCGAGGGUCAGUAAAGUCAGCAAGGUGCUCAAGGUUGUCAAGCUGAUGCGCAUCUUUCGUAUCUUGAAGCUUGCCCGUCACUCCACAGGCAUGAGGGCGUUUGGUUUCACCAUCCGACAGUGCUCUGAACAGGUGUGCUGUCUGUUCCUGUUCAUUGCCAUGGGUAUCUUCACUUUCUCUGCUCUGAUGCACUCUGUAGAGGUGGAUCAGCCUGGGACACCUUUCAGCAGCAUACCAGACGCCUGGUGGUGGGCUGCGGUGAGCAUUUCCACUGUGGGCUAUGGAGAUGUCGUCCCUAUCUCAUAUCUUGGCCGUUGUGUAGCAUUUGGCUGCAUCUCUUUUGGCAUCAUCCUCAAUGGCAUGCCCAUCUCCAUCCUUUUCAACAAGUUCUCUGACUAUUACGCCAAACUGAAGGAGCAGGAAUACACAUAUUCAAACACAGAGCGUACCUUCCAGCUCAGGAAACGUCUGAGGCGCAAGUUUGAAAACUGCUUCGAACCACCAGAGGAGUUCGACGACGAGAUAUACUAUCGGCCAAGCGGAAGGCAAAUCCACGAGAGCGAUGAUUUAUCAUCUCACUAG